GUUAUCCAUGUUUCCAAACAGUAUUAUUUUUUAACUACUAUCCAUAUUGUCAAACAAUCUCAAUGUGUACUUCAACUUUAAUAAUAUAGAUGGUGAAUAGAAGAAAUAGUUAUUUUUGGAAUGAAAAUCAAAAAUAAAAUUAUAAAUGAGAUGGAAAAAGGAACUAAAUUGUUAGUAAAAUACAUUCAUCACGUUUGAGAUACGAAGAAGUAUUUGUCUUUUCAUUUAGAAAAUAAUAUAUAGAAUUGUUUUUAACUUUAUUCAAUAACUGAUUAAUUGAUUUUAAUUUCUAAAACAAUUUUAUAUUCUAAAUAAAAUUAUUCCAGAAAGAUAUCUUCCAACUUUAGUUUGUUAAAAUAUGAAAAAAAAUUGUGAAACCAAAUCGGUUUGAUUGGACCAGAUAUUGAACCGGGCACAUUGGAACUGCUGUUUUCUUUUGGCUAAAGGACUAUAUUCAUUAACCAAUUGCCAAACUUACACAGGCUUUAUUAUCAACCUCGAAGGAUUAAAUGACAAAGAUAAAAAAAAUUUAAAAAUUAUAAAUGUGAUGUGUAAUUAUAAAUAUCAAAAUGCAAAUAAAAAUAUAUAACUUUAAAUUUGAAGUUUUGAAGUUGCGUUUUGGAGAGAGAAAAAAAUUUCGUAUAGUGUUUUAUAGAUGCUCAUGAGGGACAUUAGCUCAAAACGGAAAAAUAAUCACAUUGCGUUUCUUCAAUUUGGUCAUUACUUAUUUUAUUGGUUAACUGGUUAACUUAAACAACUACUAUUAAACUUUAUUCUAUACCGUAGACGCGCAUAUUCAACGCAUGGAAAUAAGGUAUAAGAUAUAUGCUAAUUAGAAUCUUUAGUACUCGUUAAGUAACUUACAUUUGGUGUUAAGUUUUUCAAUGAUUACUAUAAUCCAGUAUAUACAAAACAAUGUAUACUGAACGUUGCAAAUUGUUAUAAAAUAAUGAAUAUGGCAGAUGGAUGGAAUUUUGCGGUCUUUUCUCCUAAAUUUUACUAAUUCUUUUUUUGUCAGCUAUUGAUAUUUUUAUCUCAAAAUUGUACGAAACGGAUAAAUAUAUAUAUUCAAAUUUUAACAAAACGUUUUAAACACUGACGUAUCUGUUUCGUUUUGGAGUUUACCAAUAAUACACUGUCACAUAUGUUUGGAUAUGGUUCAUGGUGGAGUAAACGGAUCACGGGUUAUCUUUUCCCACUGGCCACUGGGGCCGCGGUGGCAGCCUAGCUAGCUGUUUUUGGCCUCUAAGGAUCUUAAGAGACAACUCGGGGUUUGAUCGAAGAUUAAGAAAAUAACAAUUUAGGAUAUUUUCAAUUUUAGUGUUAUAUAUAUAAUAGACCAACGCCAAGAUUUUCCGUCUAUGUCUAGCAUCUGAGAUGGCUACAAACUUCAAGCCACACUUACCAAUUAUCGUGUUGUUGCAGACAUCAGUCCUUUACUUGUCAAAUGCGCAGCCUGCAAAUGCGAUGAUCCCGACAUGAUGGACGAUACUGGCGUGGCGAAGGUCGUCCGAAAACUAGACCGGGCUUGUCGGGACGUCGGAUUCUUCUACGUGAUUGGUCAUGGAAUUUCGGAGAGUCUUAUGAGGAAGGUGAAAGAGAUGACACAUCGAUUCUUCGAGCUUCCAUAUGAGGAGAAACUUAAGAUCAAGAUUACUCCAGCAGCUGGAUAUAGAGGAUAUCAGAAAAUUGGAGUGAACUACACGAGCGGGAAACAAGAUUUCCACGAAGCAAUUGAUUGUUACAGAGAGUUCAAGCAAGGAAAGUAUGGGGAAACUGGAAAGGUCUUGGAAGGGUUAAACCAGUGGCCAGAAAAUCCUCAAGAGUACAAAGGGUUGAUGGAUGAGUAUAUUAAUUUAUGCACAGAUCUCUCUAGAAACAUCCUAAGAGGAAUCUCCUUAGCUCUUGGUGGAUCACCUUAUGAAUUUGAGGGAGAAAUGGUUGGGGAUCCUUUUUGGGUAAUGCGUAUUAUUGGUUAUCCAGGUGUAAACCAAGAAAAUGUUAUCGGAUGUGGAGCUCACACUGACUAUGGUUUGUUGACGCUUAUAAAUCAAGACGAUGAUAAAACUGCUCUUCAGGUGAAAAACUUGGCUGGUGAUUGGGUAUCAGCUAUUCCAAUCCCUGGAUCAUUUAUUUGUAACAUCGGUGACAUGUUAAAGGUUUUGUUUGUUCUCUCUCUCUUUCUCUUUUUCGUUGUGACAAUUCUCGAAAACAUUUGGGAAUCAUAUAUGCAGAUACUUUCAAAUGGAGUAUACGAAUCCACACUUCAUAGAGUGAUCAAUAACUCUCCUCUAUGCCGUGUAUGCAUCGCUUUCUUCUACGAGACUAACUUUGACGCGAUGGUUGAGCCACUGGAUGUCUUCAAAGAGAAGUAUCCAGGAGAUAAAAGAUCUGAAGUUUCCAAAAGAGUUGUAUAUGGAGAGCAUCUCGUUAGCAAAGUCCAGACCACCUUCGCAAAUUUAUUGGAAUACAGUUAAUUUGAUUGGUUUUUCUUUCGGGCUGGAUUUCGGAUUCUAAUAAAUAAUGUUACUAUAUAAUUUGUUACAAAAUAUAUCUAUGUAUUAUGUUUACUAAAUAUAUCCCCUGAUCAUACACAUAUAUAAAAACUUAUAAAUUAUCUUUU